AUGACGUUUGAAGAAAAGCCUGAGAGCCUUGUAGAUGAGAACCAGAUGUACCUAGGUGCGAGGCAUCAGGCAAACGGGAAACCAGGAGAAAGUGGGAAAGCCAAGUUCUCUGCAAGGCAGGAGGCAAAUGAGAAAUGCGACUUGCCCAGAAAAAGCCUCAACAGGUACAGCUGGCAGGAGAUCCAGAGACACAGUCAGGAGACUGACCAGUGGCUGGUGAUCAAUCGCAAGGUCUACGAUGUUACUGGCUGGGCGGACAGGCAUCCCGGUGGGCGCCCGGUCCUCAACUACUACGCUGGGGAAGACGUCAUGGACGUCUUCAGAGCCAUGCAUCCGGACCCUGACAUUGUGCGGUUGUACCUCAAACCACUGCUCAUCGGAGAGCUUGCUCUAGAAGAGCCCAAUCAGGAGAGAAACAAAAAUUCCCAGUUGGUGGAAGAUUUCCAAGAACUGCAGAGGACAUUAGAGACCAUGAAUUUGUUCCAUGCCAACCUGGGGUUCUUCUUCCUUCACCUCGCACAGGUCUUGAUUUUGGAAGCCCUGGCUUGGGUAAUAGUGUGGCAUUUUGGCAGUGGCUGGCUUGUCACAAUAUUCAUUUCUUGUCUUCUCACGGUUGCUCAGGCUCAGAGUGGAUUUCUGCAACAUGACAUGGGACACCUAUCCAUAUUUAAGAAGUCCAAGUGGGAUCACCUGUUGCAAAAAUUUGUGAUGGGUCAUCUCAAGGGCCUAUCUGUAAAAUGGUGGAAUAACCAGCACUUCCAACACCAUGUCAAAACAAAUAUCUACCUCAAAGACCCAGAUAUUGAUGUAGAACCAUUUCUUGUUAUUGGAGAUUUACAACCUGUCAAGUAUGGGAAGAACAAAAUCAAAUUCAUCAACUACGAGAAGCAGCACCUGUACUUCUGCACGGUUGGGGUCCACCUUUUCAUGCCGGUAGCUUUGAACCUGAAAUCCAUGAAAGAGAUGUGCCGGAGAAGGUGCUGGGAGGACAUCGCCUGGGUCAGCAGCUCUUACAUUCGCUAUUUCAUCACAUUUGUUCCUUUCUUUUUUUUUUUUUUUACUUUUUUUUUUUUUACAUUUGUUCCUUUCUAUGGAAUCUUUGGAACCUUGGGGCUCAUGUGCUUAGUCAACUUUCUUGAGAGUCCGUGGAUUGCAUAUGUUACCCAGAUGAGCCACAUACCAAUGAAAAUAAGCAAAGAGGAGAACCAGGACUGGUUCAGCACUCAGGUCUUGGCCACCUGUAAUGUUGAACAGUCCUUUUUCAAUGACUGGUUCACUGGGCACUUGAACUUCCAAAUUGAGCACCAUCUGUUUCCCACAAUGCCACGCCAUAAUUAUCACAAGGUGGCACCUCUGGUGAAGUCACUGUGUGCCAAGCAUGGACUGCCGUAUGUGAACAAGCCCAUGUUGAAGGCAUUUGGAGAUAUUGCCAGGGCCCUGAAGAAGUCCGGAGCCCUCUGGAAGGAGGCUUACUGCACGCAUCCACAAACAUAAUGCAGAUGUGCAGGUGCUAAAGAGAAAACCACAGGCCCCAAAAGUGUCACUUGUGCUAAAGCCCAUGGUACCAAACCUCUACAAUACCUGACAUAAUUGCAGUUACAGCCUUCCCCAGAAAUGUUAUCUUAAUCAGCUAGUCUGGAAUUUUUGGGUAGGCAAUGUGCUGUGUUUUACUCCUUCUCCAUUCCUGCCCCUGGCUCAGAGAAAACCCUUGUAAUCCCUCCCCCAACGGGGAAAAAAAAAAGUGUCUGCCCUCAAUAUACUUUGCUGAUGGCUUCCUUGCCCCUCCUUUCUUCCUAUAAAAACCUUCCAUUUGCACAACCUCUCAGAAUUCCCUUCUGCUUACUAACUGGGAUAUUGCUUGAUUCAGAAGUCAUUGAAUAAAGCCAAUGAAGUCUUCAGAUUUA